GGGUGAUGGCGGGGGAGCUGUUAGAGGCAGGGCUGGUUAAUGUCCUGGUAGCUGAUUGGCUGCUGCCCCCAGAGCAGGAGAUCACAGAAGGAGCCAGACAGGUGGGAGAGAGGCUGGCACAGACCAUACAGACACUACUGGAGGACCAGGGCUCUUCUCCAGAGCUGUUCCACCUGGUAGGGUUUGGUGUUGGGGCCCAUGUAGCUGGUGUGACCGGGGCCUGUUUGGAGGGAACUAUUGGCAGGAUCACAGGCCUGGAUCCGUUCUCACCAGUGUUUUCCGAGGUAGACAGCAGCCUGUCUCUGGAUCACACUGAUGCCCAGUACGUGGACGUGGUUCACACCAACUUCAACCCCAAUGAGCCGGUAGCUCCCCUGGGGGUUUCCAGACCGUUGGGUCAUGUUGAUUUCUACAUCGGCAGAGGAUAUCAUCUCCCUGGUUGUCCUCAGGCUCUCAUGAAAAGGGAGCAGUACUUGCUGUGCAGUCACCAACGGGCCUAUAGGUUGUUCAUCAGCUCCAUCCGGUCCUCCUGCCCUCUCACAGCCUUCCCCUGCCAGGGAGUAGAGGACUUCCAGAGGGCUCUCUGUACACACUGUCACCACCCUGGCCUCAACAUCUGCCCUCAGCUGGGCUACGACAUCAGCUGGCUGCCUCCAGAUCGACCAAUCACCUUCCAGCCCCUGACCGCGGUCCUGGACAUCACAGCAACGGACCCUUUCUGCGUGACGCCGUUCCUGUUGGAGGUGCACCUGGAGGGAAACACCUCGUUAGAAGCCCAGCUAUUUAUUCAGCUGAAGGGAGACGUCAGGAAAACACCUGUCGUGUUGGUGUCCGGUCCUUCCCUGAUGCAGUUUGAGUCUCAUCAGAUACACCAGUUCGUGGUUUCCGUACGUCACACUGUUCAGAAGUUCAGAAGCAUAGCACUUCACUUCUACUCUCAACGCCUCCUGUACUUGGCCUGGAGGAAGAGACGGAUUCACAUCAGUCAUCUAGUCCUUACACAACUACCCAGACACCAGGGGACUCGGAGUGUUACCGCAGUGGAGAACCACAGAGUGGACGUGUAUCUGCAGAAGGAAGAGUGA